AUGGCGUCAUCAUCAAGUCAAUCAAAACGAGGUAAUGAAGACAUGGAUGAUUUGGAUACUAUUGUCCAGGCAAGAAAUUCUCGUAAACACCGCAGUCAAAAAUUCCGUCUAGAAUGGUGUAAAGAUGACGAACUAAGAGAUUGGCUUUUACCUGAUAAGAAUGACGUUCAUAAAGCUAGAUGCAAAUAUUGUAACGUACAAUUCGUGGCGGAAUUAACAAACAUAAGAGGGCACGGCAACGGUAAGAAACACAAAAGUUUAUUAGCUUCCUUAACUUCUGGUACCAAGACCCAAAAAUCAAUUUCGACAUUCUUUACAAAAAACAUAAGUUCCGAUUUAAAGCUGCAAGUGUCAAGAGCAGAAAUUAAAAUAGCAUCAUUUGUGGCGGAACAUAAUAUAUCGUUCUUAGCCACAGACCAUCUAACAGAAAUGCUCAAAGAAUGUUUUCCUGACUCAAUUAUUGCUAAAAAUUUAGCAAUGAAAAGAACAAAAUCAACAGCUAUAAUUAAAAAUGUGAUAGGAUUGUCACACAAAGAAUCAUUAGCUGUGACACUAAGGAAAACUAAAUUUAGUGUUCUUACCGACGAAUCAACAGAUAUUGGGACAGUUAAAACUGCAUGUGUUGUUAUAAGGUUGGUUAUUGUUUAUUAA